AAAAUAUUAAAAAAAUUUCAUUCUUCAUUCGUACAUGUGCCUUUUUUGUAAAACAUUUAAUUUUGGAGGAAUUAUAAAGAAUUUGUGGGAAUAGUUCUUCACUGCGGUUACCAUUGCGGAAACUGAUGUAAACAGAUUGGAUUGUGAAAUAUCAUGAGAAAAGAAGGACAAAUGGUUCAACAGCAGGUGCAAUGACCAAUGAAGCCAUCAUGAGACUUGAAGUCGUGAUCAUUGUCAAUGCUAUAAUAAAGGGGAUGGCAAUGCUGAAAAUCCCGACCACUUGUUCAAACAUAGGACCUGUUAAUUUUAUAGACGAGGCCAUACCGAGGCUAGGGCAUCUACCAGAAGGAGUCAGCGUUGUAUAUGACGUCAAAAGUCACGUGCAUGCGCUUCAGUUCCUACCGGAAACGGAGGAAAUUAAAUUUCCUGCCACGUCCAUAUUUAAAUCUUGCCAGUAUUUUCCCGAAGAAUUCUCAGUAUUUUUUAUCCUUAAGCACGGAAACACUUAUUUAAAGAAAGAGUGUGUGUUUUCUGUAUCAACUGUACAUAGAACGUAUGUUUCAGUGUGUUUGACAAGUAAAAAGAUUAUUUUCACAUAUAACAACAAAAAGUCUAAAUUUAGAAAUUCAAUAUUGACUGAUAAUAAAUGGCAUACAGUUGGGUUUAGUGUCACAGGAAGUCAUGUUACCAUGACAACUGACUGUUUGAACAGAAGGAAGCACAAACUUCGAAGGAAUUUUCCAAGUUUUCUUGAAAUCCAGAACUCUGUGAUACAAAUAGCAAAAUGCGAAUCCUGUAAUUCAGCUUUCCAGGGUCUACUAAAAGAUGUGAUAUUUGUGCCUGGGGCUGACGUAGCCAGGAGGACGUGUCCUCCAAAAACUCCCAGGAACGCCUAUAUGGAUAACCGUAUACCAACUGAUCCAGACUCACACAUUUCCAGCUAUUCCUCGGUAGGUCCAGAUUGGGCCGGCUGUAAAUGGAUGGACGUCGGUAAUCUAGCUUUUGACGUGUAUUCGCGGUCGAUUAAGGUGUGUGUAAACGGUAUCUGGAAACAUGUGACAACCGAUAUGCCAGUUGAAAAGCCAUCUUAUCGGCAGCUAGACUAUCUUGAAGUUUAUCAAGAUGUAAUAACCCCGUCUGCUUCAAUAGACGUAGAGUUAUUCCAUAUGCCAGGAGAGGGCCUCUUUGCUGUUUUUGCAAACUCAAACCCUGUUGCAAACAGAGCACGUGGAGUUUCCGGUUUAUACAAAUGGACAGAGAAAAGCUUCCGGUUGUACCAGAGAUUGCCAUCCAUUUCUGCGCAAUGUUGGUGUCACUUUACUAUCGGAGAAAAUUUUUACCUAGCCGUGGCUAACUAUGGAAACGACACGAGUAAACUGACUAAUUCCACGAUCUUUAAAUGGCAUCGCCACCGCCGGAAGUUCCGUGAAUUUCAAACAGUUGGGACAUACACGGCGCGUGACAUGGAGUAUUUCACUAUUGAAGAUGAGCAUUACCUUGCAGUGGCAAAUCAUGCUAUCGGUCCAAACCAAGAAGUGGAUUCUGUGAUACUUAAAUGGGAUAGAAAGACAAGAAGAUUUGUUAUUUUUCAAACAAUAACAACAACUGGAGCGUACGACUGGACAUACUUCAGAGUACAAGAUUACCAUUUCCUGGCUAUUGCCCAGGCCUUUAAUGGACGGACCACCCUAAUGGAAUCACUUAUCUAUGUGUUUCAGAAUGACAAGUUUUUGCCCUUCCAAACAAUUGAGACAAAUGGUGCGACGGACUGGGAAUUCUUUACUAUGGAAGACGAGGCUUACCUGGCAGUGGCAAAUGCGUACAACUAUGGACCUCAAAACUUCCAAAAUCAGGACACAUAUCAGACAAAUUCUUCCAUAUACAAACUGGAUAUUGGAAAACGGGCUUUCUUCAAGUACCAGACAUUCAUAACUAACAGUGCGAUAGACUGGGAACACUUUAUGUUGGGCAAUGAUCACUACCUCGUUGUAUCUAAUGCUCAAAAUGGUGGAUCGGAGCAAGAAAGACUUACAACUAUUUAUAGACUACAGGGUGUUGACAAGUUUGUACCCGUGCAUCACAUGUAUCUCGAGCCGUCCGCUGAUUGGGAAGUGUUUGAAGACGAUAACGAUGUUUAUUUCGUUUACUCAAAUGCGAAAGACAGAAAAUCACAGAUUCUGAAAGCUAAAUUUAAAUAUAUUUGAUGAAAUGCCAUAGACUUAGUGACAACACAGUUUGUGUAGUUUUUAUUCCUUUUGUGCAAUAUUUUGGGCAGAUUUUAUUUAAAGAUGUAAUAAAUUGUAAUUUGUACAUUUUAGUGUAGUUCCAUUUCGUUUUCGAUGUAAAACACAAAUUAAAGCCAGUAUACGUGUA